CAGACCAAAGACGCUCGCAGAAAGAUGCAAGUUGUUCAGAAACUUGUUUACCUUUCGACUACUGUGGUUUUACUGGUACAGUUGGGUCGAUCGAAUAAAUUUGCUAGCCAAUUGUACCACCAGGCCUCGAGAAAGAACCUCCACAGGAAUAUUGUGCUAUCCCCAGCUUCUACCAACUUGGCCUUGGGCUCCGUUUACUUCGGAAUGAAACACUGCAAGGAGUUGCAGGCUGUGAUGGAACAGGUGGCCCAUGGUGACAUAUUCCUAGACGAUGUGACCAUGGUCAAUCGAAUUUUUGUCGAUAGGGAUGUGCCGCUGCUUAACGGCUACCAGAAAAUAACAGCCGAGACCAAUAAGUGGAAUGCGGAUAGGGUGCACUUCGGCGAUCCCCAAGGAGCCAGCGAUGCGAUCAAUGAUUUCAUACGCCUGACAACCAGCCACAAGAUGGAUAAUCUCUUCCAUCACACAAGAAUAAAGAAAAACACCAAGAUGGUGGUGGCCAACACGGCGCAUUUCCACGGCAAGUGGGCCAGUGUCUUUUCGAUAAGUAAUACCAAAAAGCGACCAUUUUACCAGGGAAAUGGUUUUGACAUCCCUGUGGACACCAUGGAAACGUUUGGCACAUUCCUCUGGGGCGAAAGUUCAGAUCUGGAUGCGGAAGUGGUCGAAGUGCCUUACCAGAAUAACCAGCUCUCUAUGCUUAUUCUUAUGCCCCGCGAUCCCGAGAAGGGGCUUCCCGAACUAAGCAACCUCAUUAACAAUACGGAUCUCAUGAAGGUGGCCAGGAAUUUGGAGCAAAGAAUGGUACACCUGCUACUUCCCAAGUUUCGAGUGCACUCAAGAAUCGCUUUGGAAUCCAUUCUCAAGCCACUGGGGGUCAGGAGCCUUUUCAUGAACCCCAAUUUGAUUGGUCUGACUGGUGAGAAGGACAAAAGCUACAAAAUUAACACUAUGCUGCACAGUAGCUUUAUCGAAAUCAGCGAGUUCGACAGUCAGUCAGAAAAAAUAGAAUUUAAAGGCAGAGGAGAACCCAUUCAAUUCUGGGCCAAUCGUCCAUUUAUCUUUGCCGUCAAGAACCCGAAUCAUAUUUAUUUCAUUGGUCAUGUGGCUGUGCCGAAGGUUACAUGAAUGUAUUAUAAAAUAUUUUACAAUUUUAUCUUUUAUCC